CUACCCACUGCGCUGCCGCCCCUACCUGCGGCCCCGCCCUGCCUCCUCAGGCCCCCCUCCCCACUUGCCCCCUCACGCUUCCCCUCGCCCUCUCCGCCUUCUCCUCUUCCCCAGAUCCGCGUCGGCAACCCGCACGCGCCGCGCCCGUCGCCGGCCACCUCGCACCGCCAUGGCAACCGUCGACCUCGUGCCACACCGACGUUCUGCUGUCCUGCGCCGCCGUUCUGCAUUUUGCACUGAGGGACCAAGGUCGGGUACAGGCCCGGGGUGGUCAUCGGCGGGAAGGACCUGGAGCACGACUGCGGGGCGCACCGCGGGAUCGGCUACUUCAUCGAGCCGCUCCUUCUGCUCGGGCUCUUCCCCAGGUCGCCCUUGUCCAUUCGUCUCCAAGCUGCUGAAGAAGUCCGGGUGGAAGAAAGCCGGCGUUUGUGAGUGCAUAGAGAUGCCAUCGUAUGUCGUGUACAAGGGUAAGGUUCCCGGAGUCUACGACGACUGGGAGGAGUGUCGGAGACAGGUUCACCGUUUCAGCGGUAACAGUUACAAAGGGUACACCACUAGGGCAGAGGUGGAAGCUAGAUACAUGCGCUAUCUAGCGAGAGAGAGGAGGGAGCGGAGGAGGAACCGGAUGAAGACCAGUUUCAUCGCGAUGAUGCUCAUCAUGACCGUAGCUCUCUUCUAUGUGAUGGUAGUUUAGAUAUCGACUUGUAAUGUGAAGACAAACUCGCUACUCGCGGUCUCGAGACUUGUAAUGUUCUAACUUUGUUCGGUAUUUUGAAUUCGGAGACUAAUAUGAUGAAUUGUAUUCGGAGACUAAUCUUCUAUUGUAUUCGAUAAAUCUGUUGUUUAUAUGUUGUGCUGUUUAUAUUCUGUGCUGUAAUGUAUUUUGUAACCUAUGCAAAUAUCAGAAAAGCAAAAAAAUCCUAAUAUUCAUAGUAGUGGUGCACCU